AAACGUUGCAACAAAACACGAAAACGCGCGGAAGUACCACAUUUCAUAAUAGGAAGCGUGCGAGCAGCCGAAAUCUAUAACAGGCGCGCGUUGAAGCGGCAGACAAGCAAGGCGCUGCCGCUGCACCGGCAAGCCCCCGCGACCGCCCUUUGAUGAACUCCCUCUUCUCGCGCAUGGGCACAAGCUGGUCCGCGCGCCCCAACGACGCGCCGCCGCCGCCCGGCGACGGCCCGCGGGCGCCGCCGCCGCCGCCGCUCGGCGCGCCGCAGCCGCCCGGCAAGGACGACGACGUCUACCGGCCGCGCGACCGCAGCCCCGACUCCGUCAUCGAGGACGUGGGCGCCUGGGCGCGCGACGACGGCUCGGACGCGAGCAGCGCGGCGACGCCGCCGCCGCGCGCGCUCGCGCGCGCCGCGUCCGCGCCGGCCGCCGCGAGCUGCGGCGACCUGCGCGGCAUCCUCGCGGACAAGCCGAAGAAGAAACUUCGCAAGUCCGUGUCCUUCCACAGCACGGUCUCUCUGGUAAGAAGCGAGUCGCUCAGCGACCUGCCCGCCGAGGAGAAGCACCGCAUCUGGUACCGCUCCGACGACUACUCGCGCUUCGUCCACUCGGAGCUCGGCCGCCGCCGCGAGAUGGGCGUCACGUCGACGUCCCUCAUCAUGCCGACGCGCGUCGCGCACUUCGAGGUCGAGGACGACUACGCGAGCGACGGCGACGCGCGCAUGGACGACUGGCGCGUCGGCUGCGACUCGGACUCGUACUCGGACUCGGACGAGGGCUCCGGCGGCGACGCGCCCGUGCGCGUCGUCGGCUGA